AACUUCACAACAUCCGCUACGUCACUUCCGCUCACUUUCUGUCAAACAUGGCGCUGCUUCUAAGGUCAGUGGCCCGCCAAGGUGUCUGCCUCUCCAAACCCCAAUCCGGCGUCCUCUACAGACAUGCUGCUCCAAUGGGAACCACAGCUAAGGAGGAGAUGAACAAGUUUUGGGCUAAAAACUCCAGACUAAACCGACCCAUGUCUCCCCAUUUGGCGAUCUACAAGUGGUCAGUUCCUAUGCUGAUGUCCAUCACACACAGAGGGACAGGAUUAGCCCUCAGUGGAGGCAUCUCAGCCUUUGCUGCGGCAGCGUUGGUCUUACCUGGAAACUACCCCUAUUACCUGGAUUUGAUCCAUUCAUUGUCCGUUGGUCCUGUCCUCAUUGGGCUGGCUAAGUUCGGCAUCGCCUUUCCAGUAUCCUACCACACCUAUAACGGCAUCCGUCACUUGUGCUGGGAUCUCGGCAAAGGCUUCAGACUUCCAGAGGUGAACCGCAGUGGCUACGUCGUGAUCGGCCUGUCCGUCAUCACCUCCAUCGUCCUGGCUUUAAUUUGAGCUGGGGGAGAAAUGGAGGUGGACUAUUGUAAAUGUUCUGUUCUGGCCAAAGGCAGUGAAUUAUUAAAUAAAGGAAUAUGUUGUGCUUUACAUAAACAA